AUGCUUAUGGAGCGGCUCGCGGACUUCGUCAGCAAGUCACUGGAGGGUGGCGAAGCACCCGCGCCCCCGCCCGAGCCCGGGGAGCCCGAAGACGCUGAUGAUGUCGAGGUGGAUAUCACUGAUCUCGAAGACAAAGCGCCGCCGGCGAAGAGGCCGCGCAACUGGCUUUUGUCUCCUGUCCCUGUUCAGCAUUAUAAACGAGAGUCGGCCAAUGAUGAUGACGAUGAUCACAAACACGAUAUUGUGGACAAAUCACCUAAUGGCAACAACGCGGGGGGUGGCAAGCAGCGCCGUUCUAGGACUAACUUCACACUAGAGCAGCUGGGGGAGCUGGAGAGACUGUUCGAUGAGACUCACUACCCCGACGCCUUCAUGCGAGAAGAACUCAGCCAACGUUUGGGGCUUAGCGAAGCAAGAGUACAGGUUUGGUUCCAGAAUCGGCGCGCUAAAUGUCGGAAACAUGAAAGUCAAAUGCACAAAGGUCUGUUAGUGAGCGGCGGCGGUACCCCGUUAGAGCCGUGCCGCGUGGCGCCGUACGUGUCGGUGCCGCGGCUGUCGGCGGUGCCGCGUGCGCCGCCACCGACGCCGCCGCUGCCGCCGCUCGCGCCGCACCCUCCGCCCGCCGCCGCGUUCGCGCCUUUCGACUCGGCGCUGCUCUCAGCUGCUGCACAUCAGUAUGCAAGUGCAGCGGCUGCAGCGGCUGCAGCUCUAUGUCCGCCAUAUGCUAGUUUAGCUGCUCUAGCCGCCCGGUGCCGCUCAUCCUCAAUUGCUGAUUUGAGACUGAAAGCGCGGCGACACGCUGCAGCGCUGGCGGCGGCGAGGGCGACCUCGCCUCCGCCGGUCGCCACUACACCAACCUCAUCACCGGCCGACACAUAGCCGACAAAAAGGAAUAAGUAUUCCUUUAUCAAAAUGAUAUCAAACCAUCUUUACGUUUUGAAUAGAUAUCUCAUACCAUAGUUCCGUUUAGGAAAUAUACCUAGGUAGUACAAAAAGCGUAAGAACUCUAGACCUCAACAACCAGCCUAGAAGCAUUUCAUCUGUGUAUCGACUAAUUACUGGGAAGUGGAAAAAGCUACAUUUUUUAUAUUUUGAUUUCUGCAUUAAGUAAGUAGGUAUAUUUUCUAAACCAUCUAUUAGGUAUGAUAUAUAGAUUACACCGAAACAUCCCUAUUAGUUGUAAAAUGAAAAAGUAUACGGUGUGUUGUUGCUAAUAAUAUGGAUGCCAACUAUAAAUAGAAAACUUAACACUUUUUUUAGUGUUUAUGUAUGAUUGCUUUAUAACUUUUUAUUAAGAGGAAGAAUGGCAUAAAAAAGUAUUCUUUAUUUCCUGGCGAUUUUGAUUCACAAUCAUACCCAUGUAGAUAAAAUAAGAUCGAAGAUGUGUUUAUAAAAUAAGUAAAACUAUUCGCUUGUAAUACUCGUGUAUAAAUCGUUGAAGUUAUGAAUAAAUAAAAAUCUAAUAAUAUUGACCAAAGGAGUAAAUCGGACUGUGAAAUAUUUGUAAAUUAAUAAGCUGUGAUAAGUGUACGAGUGUUGGAAAGGAAGAUCUCAUUUCUUAGUUUUAAGCUUAUUCGUGUAAGUGUUCAUUGUCACUAAUCUUGCGGAUUUAUAUAAAAUAUUAACACUAGAUAUCCAUAACGUUCGGUAAAUGUGUUGUAAAUAAUAUUACUGUUAAGUAGAUGGCACCGCACAAUUUAUUUAAAAAUCAAGUUCGUAUGCUAGUCGGAUAAUCAAAAACAGU